GCGAGAGUCAAAAGGAAGGCAGGGCAGUAGGGAGGCUAUAUGGAUGGGAGCCAUCUCCAUUCUUUUUAGUGUAAGUUAGCUUUUUUUAGAUUAGCAGGACAGUAGAGGCCACCCGGCUAACCUGACUGGGAGUGUACAGGUGGCAGGAGAGGGGGUGGGAAAUGGAGGGCUGAUGGACAGCAGAAAGAACCAAUCAGAGGACAAUGCUGGCCAGGAACCGCUUCAUCCUGUUGCUGGUGGUUGGGGUGGUGCUGGCUGUUCUCAGCUACAGCGUGCAGUACUUGCAGCUGGUGCCGGUGUCUCCGGUGGAGUCCAGCCGCUCUGGCGUGGGGAAGAGCAGGAAGAGGGUGAACCCCGUGCUGCAGACGCCGCCCGCCACACCCGACCCCCUGGCCGGAGCCUACCGCUACUGCAACACCCCCAACCGCACUCAACAGACAUGGGAGGGCCACAGCCCUGCAGACUACCAGCUGCUCUCCGUGCAGGUCAUGAUUCGUCAUGGCGACCGCUACCCUCUCUAUUCCAUCCCCAGGACCAAGAAACCUCCUAUAGACUGCACCUUGUCUCCUAACAAAGCGCCUUCCCACCCACUCCUGUCCUCCUUCAUCAGUGACAUGGCUAAAGACGGCCAGACUGACAACUGGGACGCCUCCCUCACCUCUCUGGCCCGCCUGCCCAAUCACAGAUCAUGUGAGAUGGGCGAGCUCACACAGACAGGUGUGGUCCAGCACCUGCGUAACGGGCAGGUGUUGCGGGGCGCGUACCUGCGUGGUGUCCCGCUGCUGCCGGCGUCCCUGGGCUCGUCUCAGGUGCUGCUGGAGACGACGGGGAAGAGCCGGACGCUGCAGAGCGGCCUAGCGCUGGUCUACGGACUGCUGCCGGGCUUCUCCCGGCCGGCCCUGAAGGUCCGGCAGCACUGGAACGCUCUCUUCUGCGGCCGCGCCUGCGACUGCCCCGCUCGCCAGCGCCACCUGGAGGCCGAGCAGCGACGGCAGUACCGGCUGCGCGUGGCCGACACGCGCCUCGACCGCGCCUACGUCGACAUGGCGGCGGCGCUUGGCGUGGCGCCGCGGGUGCUCCGGGCGGCCAAUCCGGUGGACGCGCUGCUCUGCCACCUGUGCCACGGGCUGCCUUUCCCCUGCCGCGUCGCCGACGGCAGCGCCAACACGUCCUCGUCGCCGGCGUCCAGUUGCCUGACCCCGGCGCACCUGGCGGAGAUCCGGCGUCAGCAGGAGGAGGACGAGCGGGAGCGCCAGGUGGCGGGGCUGUACCACCGCUACGCCGUGCUGGCCGCCCAGCCCUACCUGGAGCGCACGGCCGCCCGCAUGGAGCUGCCGCCCGCUGGGCACCCGGGCCGCCGCCCGAACCUCCCCCGCCACGGGCGUCCGUCCGCGCACGACAUCACCAUGGCGCCGCUGCUAAGCGCCUUGGGCCUGGAGGGCGUGGCCGGCUUCCCGAGCUUCGCCGCGCGGCUGGUGAUGGAGCUGUGGAGGCGGCCGAACGCGGGCGGAGCGAGGGAUAGAGCCAGGGCGGCGGAGGAGAAGGGGAAGGAGUGGGGGAGGGAGCUGAGGGCCAAGCGCUCGCAGGAUGACCUGUUUGUGCGCGUGCUGUACAACGGCGAGGACCUGACGUUCCACACCACCUUCUGCCGCACGCACCCACGCCACACGCACACGCCGCUCUGCCCACUCGGCAAGUUCCUGCGCUUCGUCCGCGGGGACAUCUUCAGCCCGCUCAACGCCACCAGCUACCAGCAGGCAUGCCUCGCCACUGGACCUUAGCGACCAUACACACACACACACACACUCGCAUACACAUGCAUACACACACGCAUACACACAUGCAUACACAUGAGACAGCCAGAUAGGAUGGAGAAAAAACCUGCCUCAGACACACACACACACACACACACACACACACACACAAAUACACAAGGCAGCUUGCUACAUAUACUUGAACCUGCUAGAUGCAUGUAUAUAUAUACACACACACACCAGGGUUUCGGUUAUCCGGUAAUACCCGGCCGGACAUUGUCCGGGAAAAAAAACAAUGUCCGGCCGGGUAUUUGGAAAAAAUUAUGAUAAAACGAUAAAAUGUUUGAUUGAAAUUGGCUAAUAAUCCCGUCCACCUAACACAAAAUGAAUUUGAGAAUAAGCCUAAAAUGUAGGCCUAUACUAAAGCAAGAAUACACCAUCUGGUUAUGUUUUCAAAUAAAACGUCUGUUAUGUCUGUUAACAGCGAACAAAGCGAUAAUAGGAUAUUUGAUCAAAAUGUCCGGAAAACAAAACCAUUUUUUCCAAGUGGAAACGCUGACACACACACAUACAUACCUUACAUACACACACACAUACAUACCUUACAUACACACACACAUAC